AUGAAGACCGCAGCUAUCCUCCUCGCAGCUUUGACAGCCGCUUCAUCAGUUGAAGCCGGUGUACACCGAAUGAAACUUGAGAAAGUAGCUCUUACACCUACUUCUUUACUCCCUGAUGCAUCUAACAUCCGACCUUCCCCUGAACAAGAAGCUGAAUGGCUUCGACACAAGCACCUCGGUCUGUCGCACGAAGAAUACUAUGAUGGUCAAAAACCUUUAAUGGGUUUCGGUGGUUCCGGUAGAAAGGUUAAAGGUGAACAUCAUCACCACCAUGGUCACCAUGAAAUGUCUGAUGAGGAUAGGGAAAAGUACUGGGCUCAAAUGGUUAGACACGAGGGUAAUGAGAAAAGAACUCUUAAAGGUGGUCACGGAGUUCCUUUGUCUGAUUACAUGAACGCUCAAUACUUUGCACCCAUAACUAUUGGUACCCCUCCCCAGAGUUUCAAAGUCGUUCUUGACACUGGAUCUUCAAACCUUUGGGUUCCCGGAACCAGCUGUUCCAGUAUCGCAUGUUUCCUCCAUGCCAAAUAUGACAGCUCAGCUUCCUCCUCGUACAAGAAGAACGGUACCGAUUUCGCUAUCCGAUAUGGUUCCGGUUCUCUUGAAGGAUUUGUGUCUCAAGAUACCGUUACUAUCGGUGAUCUUUCGAUCAAACAUCAAGAUUUCGCUGAAGCUACCAAAGAACCUGGACUCGCUUUCGCGUUCGGUAAAUUCGAUGGUAUCCUCGGUUUAGGUUACGACACCAUUUCAGUAAACCACAUCGUACCUCCAUUCUACAACAUGCUCAACCAAGGUUUACUUGACGAGCCAGUCUUCUCGUUCCGACUUGGAUCAUCAGAUGAAGAUGGAGGUGAAGCCGUUUUCGGUGGUAUUGACGAGUCAGCUUUCAGUGGCAAACUGCAAUAUGUACCCGUAAGACGAAGGGGAUACUGGGAGACUGAGCUUGAAGCUAUUAAGUUUGGUAAAGAACAACUUGACUUGGAGAACACCGGUGCUGCUAUUGAUACCGGUACAUCUUUGAUCGUGAUGCCCACCGAUGUCGCCGAAUUACUAAACAAAGAAAUUGGCGCUCAAAAGUCAUGGAACGGUCAAUACACUGUGGACUGUAACACCAUCGACAAGCUCCCUCAACUCUCCUUCAUCUUUGAUGGCAAAUCAUACACUCUUGACGGUUCAGAUUAUGUUCUCAAUGCCGGUGGUACUUGUAUUUCUUCUUUCACUGGUAUGGACAUCCCCGCUCCUAUGGGUCCCCUUUGGAUCGUCGGUGAUGUCUUCCUCCGAAAAUACUACACCGUUUAUGACCUCGGCCGAAACGCUGUCGGUUUCGCUUCUGCCAAGUAA